AUUUUAACUUUAGGGUGAUACACUGAGGAACUUACCUGUCCUGGUCCCCUCUCAAGCUCGAGAACCUGUACAGCCUUCUAAGUCGCCAUGUCUGACCGAGGCUCAUUUGACACUAAUGUCGUUACCCUCACGAGAUUCGUGCUGGAGGAGGGAAGGAAGGCGAAGGGAACGGGAGAACUGACAACCCUCCUCAACUCCAUCUGCACAGCGGUCAAAGCCAUCUCCACCGCUGUCAGGAAAGCUGGGAUUGCCAACCUCUAUGGCAUUGCUGGGAGCACCAACGUGACAGGUGACCAGGUAAAGAAGCUAGAUGUUCUGUCCAACGACCUGGUCAUCAACAUGAUUAAGUCCUCCUUCACUUCCUGUGUCCUGGUGUCAGAGGAGAACGAGAGGGCCCUCAUCGUGGAACCAGAGAAACAGGGAAAAUAUAUUGUGUGCUUCGACCCACUUGAUGGCUCGUCAAACAUUGACUGUCUUGUAUCAAUUGGAACAAUUUUUGCCAUCUACAGAAAGACGACAGACGAUGAGCCCAAUGAGAAGGACGCACUGCAGUCUGGACGUCACAUUGUUGCCGCCGGUUACGCCCUCUACGGCAGUGCCACCAUGAUGGUACUCUCGACAGGACAAGGGGUCAACUGCUUCAUGCUGGACCCUUCCAUCGGGGAGUUCAUCCUAACAGACAAGGAUGUGAAGAUCAAGAAGAGAGGAAAGAUCUACAGUCUAAACGAAGGUUAUGCUCAGCACUUCUACCCAGACGUCACAGAGUACCUGAAGAAAAAGAAAUACCCAGAGGAUGGUAGUGCCCCCUAUGGUGGGCGUUAUGUUGGUUCAAUGGUGGCUGAUGUGCACAGGACUCUGGUGUACGGAGGCAUCUUCUUAUACCCCGCCAAUGUCAAGAGCCCCAAGGGCAAGCUGAGGCUGCUGUACGAGUGCAACCCCAUGUCGUUUAUCAUCGAGCAGGCUGGAGGCAUGGCCACCACGGGGGAGAUGAACGUGCUGGACAUCCAGCCAGAGAACAUCCACCAGCGGGUUCCUGUCGUCCUGGGCUCCCCUGAAGACGUCCAGGAGUACAUCGCCAUCUACAAGAAGACACGCAUGUGAGACAGCGCUGGAACCUUCUCUGGAUCCAUCAUGACCUGCUUUUGUCCACGAGGGUCGACCUUUGACCCUGACCAUAAGCUAGUAAUCUUUGCAUCAUAUGGAUGGAGCUGUGGAUAUACAGUAAAAAGUCAAAAGUUUGGACACCUACUCAUUCAAGUGUUUAUCUAGAUUUCUUUUCUUCAAUUUUCUACGUUGUAGAAUAAUAGUGACGACAUCAAAACUAUGAAAUAACAUAUGGAAUCAUGUAGUAACCAAAAAAGAGUGAAACAAUCUAAAUAUAUUUUAGAUUAUUCAAAGUAGCCACCCUUUGCCUUGAUGACAGCUUUGCACACUCUUGGCAUUCUCUCAACCAGCUUCAUGAGGAAUGCUUUACCAACAAUCUUGAAGGAGUUCCCACAUAUGCUGAGCACUUGUUGGCCGCUUUUCCUUCAUUCUGCAGUCCAACUCAUCCCAAACCAACUCAAUUGGGUUGAGGUCGUGUGAUUGUGGAGGCCAGAUCAUCUGAUGCAGCACUCCAUCACUCUCCUUGGUCAAAUAGCCCUUACACAGCCUGGAGGUGUGUUUUGGGUCAUUGUCCUAUUGAAAGCAAAUGAUAGUCCCACUAAGUGCAAACCAGAUGGGAUGGUGUAUCACUGCAGAAUGCUGUGGUAGCCAUGCUGGUUAAGUGUACCUUGAAUUCUAAAUAAAUCACUGACAGUGUCACCAGCAAAGCACCAUAACACCACCUCCUCCAUGCUUCACGGUGGGAACCACACAUGCAGAGAUAAUUCGUUCAACUACUCUGCGUCUCACAAAGACACGGCGGUUGAAAUCAAAAAUUUGGACUCAUCAGACCAAGGACAGAUUUCCACCGGUUUAAUGUCCAUUGCUUGUUUUUAUUUGGUCCAAGCAAAUCUCACAUCUCUUCUUCUUAUUGGUGUCCUUUAUUAGUGGUUUCUUUGCAGCAAUUAGACCAUGAAGGCCUGAUUCACACAGUCUCCUCUGAACCGUUGAUGUUGAGAUGUGUCUGUUACUUGAACUCUGUGAAGCAUUUAUUUGGGCUGCAGUCUGAGGUGCAGUUAACUCUAAUGCACUUAAACUCUGCAGCAGAGGUAACUCUGGGUCUUCCUUUCCUGUGGCGGUCCUCAUGAGAGCCAGUUUCAUCAUAGUGCUUGAUGAAUUUUUGCGACUGCACUUGAAGAAACUUUAAAAGUUCUUGAAAUUUUCCUGAUUGGCUGACCUUCAUGUAUUAAGGGCUACCUUCUGUAUACCUUGUCACAACACAACCGAUUGGCUCAAACGCAUUAAGAGGAAAUAAAUUCCACAAAUUAACUUUUAACAAGGCAGACCUGUUAAUUGAAAUGCAUUCCAGGUGACUUACUCAUGAUGCUGGUUGAGAGAAUGCCAAGAGUGUGCAAAGCUGUCACCAGCUUUGCAAAGGGUGGCUACUUUGAAGGACCUGAAAUAUAAAAUAUAUUUUGAUUUGUUUACUACUUUCUUGUUUGUUAUUGCAUAGUUUUGAUGUCUUCACUAUUCUACAAUGUAGAAAAUAGUAAAAAUAAAGUAAAACCCUAGAAUGAGUAGGGUGUGUCAACCUUUGACUGGUACUGUAUAUAUUUAAUGGAAUAUAUCAUACCCAGUUGUUUAGAAGUUGAGGUGAUUUGUUGAUUAGAUAAUCGGUGCAGUGCUCUCGUCCAGCUGAUCCUUGUGAACAAGCAGAGUAGUAUUUUAUCUCCACAGACCUGACCAACCAGGUCUGUGACCAAAGACACUGGAGGGGGAAAGAGUAUAGGGGGAGUCAGUCAGAGAUCCUAGGGUUCAGUAGUCUGAAGUGGCUUUUGCUUCUCUUCUCUUUUCCUCUCCUUCUACUUUCAUCCGACAAGGUCGGAGAUGGGUGAGAGAGGGGAGGAAGCCUGUUUUAAAUUAUUAUGAUGCCUCCCACGUGUCUUACAGUGAACCAAGAUUUAUUUGGAUCACUAAACUGAGGGACCAACCCCCUCAUGGACCAAAUAAAACCUCAGCAUCCCCCUCCUAAUGGAGGGUUGUUGUGUCAUUUGCACUGGUUGACCUGAAGGAUGUUUUGAAUAAAACCCAAUGUACAAAUCCUUCCA